UCACGUGGCUGUCACUGUCAAUUUGCUUGAGCUUGGCUUGUUUAUUUGUUUGGUAAUUUAAAGAUUUCUACAAAUUUCAAUUUAUUUAGCGAGAUCAAUAAUCAAAAAUGAGUGACACAGAAUCAGCUGGACCGUCUGCAUCAGGUAAAGAACUGACAUUCGCAGAGAAACAAGCAGAACGCAUGAAGAGACUGCGUACUCUCCACUCCGCCAGAAAUGAGGCUAGAACGCACAAUCACCAGGAAGUUGUGGCCGAAGAGGCAAGGAACAAGCUGCCCGCGAACUACGAGGCCAAGCGACGACAGGCGGAGUGGCUCGUCGAUGACCAGAAGAAGCGAGACGAAGCGGAAUCACUAGGCAAAGAUUACGACAGAGUAAAAUUGCUGAAUAUCUCCGCAGUCGAAGCGGAGCGUUUAGAGCGUAAGAAGAAAAAGAAAAAUCCAGACCAAGGGUUCUCCACAUAUGAACAAGCGACAGUUAGACAAUACAAUAGAUUAGUUAAAAACAUGCCAACAGCAGAUAUGGAGCAAUACGAGAAACAGAAGCAAAAGUAUGGCGAUGCAUUCUAUGGUGGGCCUAACGUGAUCAUCCACGGUAUGCACCAGGACCGAAAGGAAGCUGUUGACAAGAUGGUGGACGACUUGGAAGGUCAAAUCGCCAAGCGCGCGAAAUAUUCGCGCAGACGUAUUCACAAUGACGAUGCUGACAUUGAUUACAUUAACGAGAGGAAUGCUAAGUUCAAUAAGAAGCUGGAGAGAUUCUACGGAGAGCACACUGCUGAAAUUAAGCAGAAUUUGGAGCGCGGUACUGCCAUUUAAGUUAGUCAAGAUAAGGAUUGUAAAUACUAAAUAGUGAAUAAAUGUAUUGUAUCUAAACAUU